UUUCGUUGUGCGAAUAAUAACAAACGAAUUCGCACAUCUUUUCAAUAUUUCGAAUUAACACACGAAGAGCCCCGUGUUUGAAACACAAUGUAAACGGGGUGUUGCGUCUCGUCAAUUCCUCCACGCAUGCGUAGCCUAUUUCUUUCAAUUCGUGUGUAGUGAAGUUCAGUAGCCUACCCACGCCCAUUCAGCAAGGCGACUUGACAGAUUAACCGAAGAAUAAAACAAGCAUUUAGGGAAGUCACAGAGAUGAAAAUUGGGUUGCGGUGAAAAAAAUGUCUGAGAAGGAAGACGAGAAAGGCAAAAGGGGUGCCCACCACACAGAGCUCUACUUUGAGGUCCCACCAACAUGCCUGCCCAUCGUUUAUUCUCCUGAAUAUAACAUCACCUUCAUGGGCCUGGAGAAGCUACAUCCCUUUGAUGCGGGCAAAUGGGGAAAAGUCAUCCACUUCCUGAAAGAGGAGCAGUUUAUCUCAGACGACAAUAUAGUGCAAGCCAGGGAGGCCACGGAGGAGGACCUACUGGUGGUUCACACCAGGCGCUACCUGAGCAAACUGAAGAACCAUGUCUUGGAGGGCUCAAGAGAGUGGUCGUUGGUGGUAGCUACAAUUACAGAGAUUCCACCUGUCUUGUUUCUGCCCAACUUCCUGGUCCAACGCAAAGUGCUUCGACCUCUGCGCACGCAAACGGGGGGCACCAUCAUGGCAGGAAAGCUCGCCAUGGACAGAGGAUGGGCUAUCAAUGUUGGAGGGGGGUUCCACCACUGCUCCAGUGACAAGGGAGGAGGUUUCUGUGCUUAUGCAGAUAUAACAUUAGCGAUCAAGUUCCUGUUUGAGAGAGUGGAAGGGGUUUGCCGGGCCACCAUUAUCGAUCUGGAUGCCCAUCAGGGAAAUGGACAUGAGCGGGACUUCUUGGACGACAGACGCGUGUACAUAAUGGACGUCUACAAUCGCUACAUCUACCCGGGAGAUGGAUAUGCCAAACGAGCGAUAAAGCGCAAGGUGGAGUUGGAUUGGGGCACAGAGGACAUGGAGUAUCUCCAGAAGGUGGAGCUGCACGUGGAAGGGGCACUCAAUGAGGUCCGACCUGAUAUCAUCAUCUACAACGCUGGCACAGACAUCCUGGAUGGGGACCCUCUGGGAGGCCUGGCUAUUUCACCGCAGGGCAUCGUGAAGAGAGAUGAAAUCGUCUUUCGGGCAGCCCGGCGUCGCAGCAUCCCCAUCCUCAUGGUGACGUCGGGAGGCUACCAGAAGAAGACCGCCCGCAUCAUCGCCGACUCCAUCCUCAACUUGAACCGCGAGGGCCUGAUUGAGGGCGUGGCGGCUGAGGAGGCGGGCCCAUCUUUCAUGCCACUCAUGAUGAGCAAGUCGUUGUCAUCCGGGGCAACCUUUAAUGCCAUCUGAGGCUUUGGUCAGCAGUGGCUAUGGGGAGUCCUGCUUCAGAUAAGGACCUCGUAGGCUAAAUUUGUCCUAAGGAUGCACUUCGGUUGGCCCUCUGUGGUGGUUAGUAACGUGGAAACAGCCCAAGGCAUGCCAUUUGUUUCAUAAUUCAAAUCAUGUGAAAGAAAUGAAAGUGAAAAAUGAGCAUCACAAAAAGCACUCUUAACAGCAAUGUGUUUUCGUGAUGUUGGGCUUAUCAACUAUCAAAGACUCUCUGAGACUAGUCUCGAUCCAUGAAGGAUGUCUCUUGUUCCUUUAGCAUUCAGGGAGUUUACAGAGAACUGACUGAAUCUCUUCACUUUCCAAUUUUUUUGAGACAGGUGGUGCAUCUUCAGCCUCUAAGUGGCCAGUCUUAACUCUGUCCAGGGCAUGUUUUCUAACUGCAUUUUUACUUACAGUAACAGCUCACUCCAGCUGUGGGCUGUUCUCACAGUGACCUACUUCACAGUAACAGAUAACGUACUCAGCACUAUUAGCGUAGGACUAACUAACAGCUUGUCAGGGACUAUGAGCUCAUUCCAGUAGAGUGGGCAAGUGGACGUGUAGACGAAAUGUGAUCUUCAGCGGAGAGUAGCUUUACGUUUGAAUUAAUGAGAAAAACGCACUUUAAGUUGAAGUUAAAAGUACUAGUGUAAGUGAUGUGUGAAAGUAGAAUGGGAGAAAGUGUGAUGUAUUCACAUUCAUUGUGGUCUUGCAUAACAGCUGGUCCUAGAACAGGACUGGUCCUGAUGAGGCCCAGACUCUUGCCAGAUCAGAGCCAGACCCAUUCUAGUGCAUUCAGGUGGCAAACCCAGAAAAAAAGUAAAAACAGAAAGACUUGUCUUAAGGCACAGUACAUGUGACAUGGAAGAACUAGGAAAGGAGGAAGUUGAAACUGAGGGAACUGACUGUUAGCCAGGUUGGAAUAUAGCUACAUACAUCAAACAGAAUCACAUAGCGGUUGUGCAAUUUUCAGGUUUAUGGUUUUGCCAACAAUACUCUUCAUGCACUGAACCCAUCCUAAUACAUACCACAUAUCCACGUUUUUUAACAUCAUUUUUUUUUUAUUUGUUAUCUUACUGAUGAUUAUUUAUAUGUGUUUGAGCUAUUUGGUAUGUUUAUAAAUUAUGUUUAUAAAUGUAGGAAAUAAUCUGCAUAUUUGCAUUGGGCCACCUGCUGUAGAUAGUGCUGUGCUUUUUUGUUGUAUUUCUUCAGUGCUGUAAAUCAUUUUACAAAGAAAGACAAGCAUACACACACACACACACACAAACACACACAUAAACACACACAUACACACACACACACACACACAAAUGCGUGCACACACACACAAAUGCGUGCACACACAAAAACACACACACACACACACACACACACACACGCACACACACACACACACAUACACACAUUAACUGUUGUAUCACAAAGCUUCUGACUUUAGCUAACCAUUUCACUGUUCAUGUCAUUAGAUAUGCAUAGACCCAUUUGAAGAUAUGCGAUUUCAAUUUUACAAUCUCAUCCAGGUGUGUGGCGCUUUAAUCCUUAAUCCAAACAUAUUUUCCCUGUGUGAAACCUGCCUUGACAGAAAUUAAUUCUUCUAAAGCUAAAGUCGCCUCGAUCUGAAAGCCUCUUAUGAUGUGAUUUGCUGUCCAGCACACUCACAGCAUGGCAUUUCAAUACUGUGCUGGAAAGGACUGUAAAGCUUGAUCUGUCAGAAUGCAACCCCAUGCAGAGAAAGAGCGGAGACUUUCCUGCAACCUCUCUAAUUGAUCUACUGCAGAAAUGGUUCAUUCUCUCAGGGGGGGAUAUUGGAGCAAGGCAUAGACCGUAUGAUGACAGCACUUUGCACAUAUGAUUGGAUGGUUGCACACACUCAAAGAAGGGUACCUUCGAUCAUGCCUAAUGGUUUGGAAUCGAAAGGCAUGGAAUAGAAACUGGAUUGGACUGAUCUGACUUAAGUAACUGCGUUGAGUAGUUUUUUAAUUUGGGCUUUGUUUAUGUGGCAGGCUAAAACCUGACUUUGGCGAGAGAAUCUUUUCCUGAGUUGCAAAAACGACAGAUUGCAUUUGUCUUAUCUCUAUACAUACCAAACUUUUUUAUACACACACACACACACACACACACACACACACAUAUAUAUAUAUAUAUAUAUAUAUAUAUAUAUAUAUAUAUACAUACAUAUAUAUAUAUAUAUAUAUAUACAGACACACACAAAGCCGUUUUGAUCAAGCAUCUUUUUUGUUAAAGCCCAAGAGGUAGAUUACAGAUGUAUGUGCCUCAAGGGACCCCCCCCCCUCUCUAUUUCUCUCUCUUUCUCUCUUUCUCAGCAGUCUAACUCAUCCCCCCAUCAGCUCUGACUGCAUCUGUUAUUAAUGAGAACAGUCCAUGGGAGACUUCUUGGGAGAAACUAAGAUAACUGCGAGGGAAAUGGAGAGGAAAUAAUCUCCCCCCAAAAACGUAACAACACACACACUACAUACUACACACUCCUUCCUUUUUUCUUUCUUUCUGGGGUGAACUCUUGUGUAUGUAGAAGUUUGUGAGAGCUAAUAGGUUUUGAAAGAAGCUCUUCCCUUUCAGAUGAUCGUGAGGCUCGCGUCUGUCUGUUGUCAUUAGCCACGUGCGCGUCUCUGGUUUGCUUGAGGGAACUGACUAAUGGCCCUGUAAUGAGCUGCUGGAGCUGCUCUCCUACACUUCACGUCUUUUUCGAGGGCUCUCAGAAACACAAUGGCAGAAAAGAUACUUUACCUACCAUCGAAACCCAUCCCCACCCCCCUUACACACACACACACACACACACACACACACACACACACACAUACACACACACACACACACACACACACACCACCCCUCAACAAACCCAGUUUUCAUUCAUCAGUCCAUUCUCUCUUUUCAGGCUAUUGAAUAAGGUACGGCAGUACAAAGGCUAAUGAGUUUUUCGUAUUGAUAAGAUUGGAGACAGCUCUUCAGAUGGAUGAAAACAUUAGUGCACUUUUAAUAGUAGAUGAGUAGCCUACAGUGUGAAAAAUGGAUAACAUGGAUACUGCCUACUGAUCGAUAGAAAACAUUAAUGCAACCUUUUUUUUUGUGAAUGUGUACAUCUGUCCACUGCUGAUCCUGAUAUGCCUGUUGUUGUUUUUUUUGUUUCAUCUUUUACUUCUUCAAAGUGCUGCUAACUACUAGCACCUUAUGUUUUCAUACAGCCAUGUAAACUGUCAUGUUUUCUAAAUCUUGCUUCGGCUUUGGCUACACAGUAGGGUAUGCCAGAUGGUGUUAAUGAUACCUCCAUGUUCAAAUUGAAUAAAUAAAUCAGGACUAAACCAAA